CAAGUGGAGGAGGGACCUGCCCUGGAAUCAGACUCCAGCAGGUCAGAAACCCCAGCUGCUAAAGCACAGCAGCUGCAGAGCAGCAGCGCCUGCCCUUGGCUCCCCAGUCAUGUCCUGGCAGCUCUCUCCAGUGAUGAUGCUCUUCGCUUCCCUGGCCGUGAUUUUGCAACACGGCAGCCAAAUAGGAGCAACAGGGUUUCCAGGGGUCAUGGACUCCUCGCAGCCCACGACAGCAGCAACCCUCCAGACCACAGAUAAACCUUCUUUUCUGCAAACGACUAACCAAGAGCCUCACAAAACGACGGCAGCAAGAUCAACCAGUGGUCCCAUCACCUCUCAGACAGCUGUCACGACCUCCAACUCUGAGACCUCAGCCACACACACAACAGCAGAACCUCCAACGACCACCUCCUUGGUAACUGCAAACAGCACCCUGGCCACCGGCCCAACAAUCCACGUCGUAAUCACAACCCAGGCCGCACCCAGCAGCUCCCACACGGCUGCUCCGGUCACUGAGGCUACAAUCGGCCCCAGUGCAGCUUCCGCUUCGCUGCCCCCCACCACCCCUCCCACAGCCCGUCCGACGGGCACCAGCCCAUCGACUGUCAGCCACACAGCUGGGAAGACCAUCCCACCCAGUACCCAGACCACCUUUCCAGCAACUUUGUCCACGUCGUCACAGGUCAGCACAACCAGUCAGAAGCCCAGUCAGCCUACCCAAGCCCCAGAAACAACCACCGCUGCACACAACGCCACCCAAACUGCCUCACCUACCACCGUGGCUCCUGGACCCACACUUGCACCUCAGCCAUCAUCAGCCAAGACUGGGAUUUAUCAGGUUCUAAAUGGAAGCAGGCUCUGCAUCAAAGCAGAGAUGGGGAUAGAGCUGACGGUUCAAGACAGGGAGUCGGUUUUUUCACCUCAGCGAUACUUCAACAUCGACCCCAAUGCGACCCAAGCCUCUGGGAAUUGUGGUUUCCGAAAUUCCAACCUUCUCUUGAACUUCCAGGGCGGAUUUGUGAACCUCACAUUCACCAAGGAUGAAAACUCCUACUACAUCAGUGAAGUGGAAGCCCAUUUGAUGGUCUCGAACCCAGAGAAAACUUACCAUGGCAUGAAAAGUGAUGCGAUGGUGUUUGAGACCGUGAUUGGGCAUUCCUUCAAGUGCGUGAGUGAGCAGAGCGUCCGGCUGUCAGCCGAUCUGCAACUGAAAACAAUGAAUGUCCAACUCCAAGCCUUUGAUUUUGAAGAUGACCACUUUGGAAACGUGGACGAGUGUUCAUCUGACUACACAGUUGUGCUGCCUGUGAUUGGGGCCAUCGUGCUGGGCCUCUGUGCCGUGGGUUUGAUUGUCUAUGGAAUCCGCCUCAGGCGUGAAUCAUCUGGAUACCAGAGAAUCUAAUUGGUGCCCCAGGGAAAAGAACAUAAUGGAACAUAGAGAAUUCUUUCAUUGUUUCCAGGAUACUGGGGACUUCCCUUAGAGUGUGGGUCCUUCCAACAAUAUAAACCAUCUUUCACAAAAACCAGGUCAUUUCUGACUUAAGUUCAAACAGAACAUCAAUUUCUGAAUUUUUUUUUUUAAUUUUAGGAAAGAUCUAGUGAGCUGUUUAAGAGUAUUUUCUAGUUUCCUGACCCUGGUUGGUGUAGCUCAGUGGAUUGAGCACGGACCUGCGAACCAAAAGAUUGCGGUUUGAUUCCCCAUCAGGGCACAUGCCUGGGUUGCAGGCCAAUUCCCAGCAGGGGCCAGUUCCCAGCAGGGGAUGCACCAGAAGCAGCCACACAUUGAUAAAAAAAAAAGUUUUUUCUAGUUUCCUAAAAAAUAUCUUAACCAUUCAAAGUCAAUAUUUGAGAUAUAUUAAACUAAUUAACUUAUGUGAAGUGGGAUAUGCCUCCAAUUUAUAAACCAAAGCAUCAAAUGUAAUUAAACACUACCUGUGUUCACCUUAAGGACUUGAUUUUGUCCUUGAUCUUUUCCAUUUUAAAAAGUGCCUGUGCUUUGUCUAUAAAAUGGUAUUACAAUCCUUUAAUAUUUAUGUCUUAUAUGACAAACAUGCCUGGUGAUCUACUAACUCCUUUCUACUUUAAUUUUUUUUUAAUUAUCAAAGAAAACAAUAUUCCACAGGAAAAGCCUAGGUUUUUGGUUUGACACCAACAAGAGGAACAACUCAACUUUUAUUUUUUAUCUGAUUAUUCCUGCCCCAGAAUUGUUGAAGACUAAGAAUUAGGUGGCUAUGGACAACAGAACUGAAUGAUAAGCCAUAAACAACAACGAUGACCCUUGAUUAUUGAACAUAUAUGUACUAGACACUAGGCGAAGCAGUUUGCAUAACUUUUGUAAUUUAUAUCAUUUAAUUCUCAUUUAAUUGAUAUCAUUAAGAUGAGUAAACUCAGACUUAACAAAAUUAAUCACUUAAACUGCCACCCGGCUGACAAGUGACAGAGCCAGAAUUCGACUUCCCAUUGGUCUGGCACCCAAGUCUCUGGUCUUUUCACUGUACCAACUUGCCUACAAGAACAAGUGGCACUAAGUGCUGCCCAAGGCCUCACGCUGGCACAUGCCCCAUGUUUGCAUAGGAAGUAGAUUUAUCCAGAAUCAUGACAGAUGGGGGAGAUCAGAGGAGGACUCGACAGGUAAUGAAGUAGCCUAUCUUUAAGUCCUCUACUCUCUUAAAGAAGAUGGGGGUGCUCUGGAAGACAUUAGUCAGUUUCUCAUUUCAAUGGGAUUGUUUUGCUGCGGCUCUGAAGAUGAAGAAAUGAAGUCAACCGAAGGUAUUUUAUUUCUUUAAAAACAGUAAUUUUCUCAGCCCUGGCUGGUGUAGCUCAGUGGAUUGAGCGCAGGCCUGCAAACCAGAGUAUCGCAAUUUGAUUCCCAGUCAGGGCCUGGGUUGCAGGCCAGUUCCCAGCAGGGGACACCUGAGAGGCAACCAUACAUUGAUAUUUCUCUCCCUCUCUCCUUCCCUUCCCCUCUAAAGAUAGAUAAAUAAAAUCUUUUAAAAAAAAAAAACAACAGUAAUUUUCUGCAAACUAACUUUUCUUUCUUGAAGUAGGUCCCCCUCUAGUGGUAACUGACAUCUUCUGUACUUUUAUAGCCACAUUUUCUAUUCAUGUUCACUUUAUUUCAUAUAAAUAAAAUAAGCUGCCAAAAAUAAUUUCCUUUUUUGUAGCCUGCCAAAAAAUAAUUUCCACACUUGGCAUUACUGCUAAAGAAAGGAACUAAGUCAGGACAUUAACAGAAAAGACCACAUGUCUCUGGCGUUCUUUAGUAAAAGGAUGAUAAUUCAAGUUGCCCCAGUAUAAAUUGACUUUCUUGACUUGUUCUCUUAUGAGUCAAUAGGAUUGGCAAGGGUCUGACUUUAGUCAUAGUAGGCUAUUGAACUGUAUUAAAAGUUUUUGUAAUAAA